AGUCUGCGGAGCGCCGCGGACACGCAGGAGUCUCUGACGGAGGAAGCAGCAGUCGGAUGGAUUUAUUGAACUUCUCCGUCAUGUUCGGGGCGCCGACGGACGGCGGAAUAAAGAGGAGCAGCUUUAUCUCCCUGUGAGGACCUCAUAGCAGCUUUAUCUCCCUGUGAGGACCUCAUAGCAGCUUUAUCUCCCUGUGAGGACCUCAGAGCAGCUUUAUCUCCCUGUGAGGACCUCAGAGCAGCUUUAUCUCCCUGUGAGGACCUCAUAGCAGCUUUAUCUCCCUGUGAGGACCUCAGAGGAGCUUUAUCUCCCUGUGAGGACCUCUGAGGAGCUUUAUCUCCCUGUGAGGACCUCUGAGGAGCUUUAUCUCCCUGUGAGGACCUCAGAGCAGCUUUAUCUCCCUGUGAGGACCUCAGAGGAGCACCGAGCUUUCACGUUGGACCCUCCCCUCCGUCUCACCUUCCUUGGCUGCUGUUCCCCCAGAGGGCAGAGCUAAGUAUGGGGCAAGAGAGCUGAGAGGAGACACCGAGACGACACGAAGCUGAGGAGGCCGUCUAACCUGCACAGGUGGUGACGGCUGCAGGGCGUCAUGGCGCGGAGGAGGCUGAAGCUGGUGGUGAUGGUGAUCAUGAUGGUGAACUUCUUCAUCUUCAUCAUCAUCUCCCGACACAGCAGCCAGGACAAGAACGACCUUCACAAGGUCCACAUCCCCUCCAAACCGUUCUGGACCAAGCUGGUCCCCAGUGCGGCUUACUGCAACCGGCAGCAGCAGAUCCUGGACCACCAGAACAACCCCGUCCUGGCGUCUAACUACAGCGGGGGGGACCUGCCAGAGUGGCUCAACGAGACCAGUUCGACCUCUGACCCCUGCCAGCCUAACUUCAGGGUAACCACUCAGGUGAAGGACUACAACUCCCUACCGGUCCGCUUCAAGGACUUCCUGAUUUUCAUGCACUGCCGGUCGUACCCGAUCAUCGUGGACCAGCCCGACGUCUGUAAGGAGCCGCCGUUCCUCCUCCUGGCCGUCAAGUCCCUGGCGCCGCACUUUGACCGGCGCCAGGCCAUCCGCCAGUCCUGGGGACGGGCGGGCGUCAUAGCCAAUCGGACGGUGGUCACCAUCUUCCUCCUCGGCAACGCCACGGCCGGGGACCACCACCCGGAUCUGUCGGGGAUGCUGCGCUACGAGAGCGGCCGCCAUAAAGACGUCAUCCAGUGGGAUUACAGGGACUCCUUCUUCAACCUGACCGUCAAGGAAGUUCUGUUCCUGGAGUGGAUCCAGACCCGCUGCCCCGGCGCUCGCUUCAUCUUCAAAGGCGACGACGACGUCUUCGUCAACACCUACCGCAUCAUGGACUUCCUCAAGGGCCUCUCGGAGCCCAAAGCCAGGGACCUGUUUGUGGGCGACGUGAUCACCAACGCCGGGCCGCACCGGGACAAGAAGGUCAAAUACUUCAUCCCGGAGAGCAUGUACGUGGGGACGUACCCUCCGUACGCCGGCGGGGGCGGGUACCUGUACUCCGGCGACAUCGCUGCUCGCCUUCACAACGUGACGCGGCACGUGGCGCUCUACCCGAUAGACGACGUCUACACGGGGAUGUGUCUGAGGAAGCUGGGGCUCGCCCCCGAGAAGCACAAGGGCUUCAGGACCUUCAACAUAGAGGAGAAGUACCGGUCCAACCCGUGCGCCUACAAGAGCUUGAUGCUCGUCCACCCGAGGACGCCACAGGAGAUGAUCCAGAUCUGGGCCUGGCUCAGUAGUCCAGUUCUGAAGUGCCAGUGAUGAGAGACAUUUUGAGGCUGUUGACAAAUGUUUUAUUUUGAAAACCGGGUCGUGACUUUAAGAGUUGGCAGCUUUAAGUUAAGACGUUAUGACAACGGUCCCGUGGAGCCUCGGCUCAGAGAAGUUUAUGAAUGAUUUCAACAUGACCACCAUAAGUAUUUUUUUCAGACUUCCGUAGACGAGCUAACCCCGCUUUACCGUCGGAAAAAACGAAACGAGCUUCACCCAAAGUGACCGUCUUUUCUCUGCGUGCACAUAUUUAUAUCACAACUAUUUAUAUGGCCUUCGAAAUGCUUUAACACUGUGUUGGUGUGUGUGUGUGUGUGUGUGUGAGUGUGUGUGUGUGUGUGUGUGUGUGUGUGUGUGUGUGUGAGCUCUGCGACGGAGCAUCUAAAUGCUGUAUUAUAGAGAUGAAGAGACUAAAAACCAGGAUGUGUCCACCUGGGAGUCAGUGUGUCUCCUCCGUUCAAGGGAAACGCACUCGGUGUCGGGUGGUUAAAACAUUUCAAAAUAAGAGCGUGACAGAGCUUUAAAGGAGCUUCCUGGUGAACACGUCCUGGUUCGGUGUUGCUGGAGGCUCAGUUUGUGCUGCUAGUCCCAUCCACACUCCCUCAAGUAUUUACUUUGGACUCAAGCUAAACCAGUUCCUUGUUUUUGUUCUCACCUGAAACUCAUCAUUCAGUUUGUUUCUCUUAAAAACUACACGUCUUUUCUAUUCUCGCGACCAAACUUCAGAUCGUCUGUAGAUCCUCUCGAUGUGGAAAAACAGGAAUGUGAGUCUGGCUCUGUGCUGCUCAGCAGGUCUGGGCCUGAUUUUUUUUUCUUUUUUGAAAAAUCCAAAUGCUGUCCUUAACGCCGCUUCAGGUUUUCUCGCUUUACACGCCAAAAAAAAAAAGAAAAGACAAGCUGCUCAAAUGAACCAUAAGUGCAUUGUCAGCGAUAUUUCAAGCUGAAAUACUCGCUCUAACUUUGAGUGUGCUGCUGCAGCUGCUGUGUGGACGUGUUGAAUGCAAUGCAGUGUGUCAGAGGGCUUUGAAAACACACAUUUAUUCGUCUCUACAAUGUUCAUUCGGCUUCAUUUCAUAAUGUUACGUAUGUUUAUGGAGGAAAUCAUUUCUUAAAGCUUUAAGGAUGUUUUUGGAAUGAAAGUCUUCACGUUUUUGAAGGUCACUGCUGUACGGCUUUUAGUCUUUUUAUGAGAGAAGUGCUGCACAUCCACGUUUUUUGUUUUCUUUCUGAUGUUACAGGUCUCAGUGAAGUUGAUGCCGUUUAUUGUUUUUUUUUCAGUUAGUAAAAAGCAAAGGUCAGAGAAGUGCGUUACAUGAAUGUAUAUCUUUAGGUUCAAGGGGUCAACAGGUGGAUUUUCUCUUCAGUAUUGUCACUCUGAAUGUCCGUGAAGAAGCCGGUCCCUGAACCUGUUUGUUACACUUUAGAGCUGAGAGAAGGCCUCUGUUAGAGCUCCCCCUGCUGGUCAGGAUGCUGAUCUUUAUCCUCACACACUGAUGACCCCAUAAACUGUAGACCUAAUUUAUUGUUUUUUCACGUUCUAAUCAUCCGUUCAUUCACUUUCAGCAACUUAUCCAUUUUUUUUCAUGCAAAAAAAUCAAAGAAAGUUGAAAGACAAUCACAAGGAGGUUCUUAGAGGUCAAUUAAGUCAUUUAUUUCUGGGAUCACAGGCUUACUGGACACUAUUUAAAGCAUCUAAACUCCAUGUAGGAUAAAAACAAACACUAAAAAACAAGGAGACAAGGACGGGAGCAUCAUGAAACCUCCUCACUGUUUAUUUCCCACCGCUCACAGACCAGUUUGUGGCUACUUGAAUGAUGUUUACAUGCUUUUUUUAAAGAAGUCAUCACUUAUUUUAUUUUAAUAUAAUUAUUACAUCUGUCUGAUGAUUGGCUGUAGAUGUAUUUUCUAGUUGUCCACGUUGUUUCAAUGCCUGACCGUUUCUCUUAUGUUGGAAUUUAAAAACCUUUAUUCGUCACUGCGUUUUAUUUUGAAAUUUUGAUUCACAGUUUUUCCUUUUCGCAGUGUUUCUCUGGUCUCAGAAGCCAGGAUGUUUAUUUUUCUGAGCUUCUGUAGAAGUUGUUUUUUGGAGGAAGCAGAGUAAGCUAGCGGCCGUAGAAAAUCAUCACAUUACCAUUGAUAUGCAGUGAAAUGUAUUUGUCAACACGACGGGGAAUAUUCAAUUAAAUGCACGAGUGUUUGGGCAUUUAUUCAACCGUAAUCUGUCUUUUGUUACCCAGAGAGAAAAAAACUUUGAUCACAAGCCUUUAACUCAUAUUUACAAGUAUCUCUGAAUACUUCAGAUUAUUCAAUAAAUUCAGAAAAAGCAUUGUUUAUGUGUCACACCUGCACUAUUCAGUCGAUUACCAAAUAUGUGCCUGUUUGUUUGUACUGUAUGUGUGAGAUUAUCUUCAACCAUGUUAAGUGUGAUCGCUUUUUUUUUUAUAAAGUACCUAGGAUGACUUGAUUAUUUCAAUAAAGCUAUAUUUAGCUGUUUUUUUGUAUAUAUUCUGUUCUAUGCAUUUUUAUUGUAAUACAAAUAAAUUAUGUGAAGUAAGCGUUUAA